AUGAAAUUCCUUACCUCUAUUUGCAUACUCCCAUUUGCAAUUCCUAUCUCAUUGGUCUCUGGCCUCAAUAAGUCUUUGGCUCCUCAUGUGCAAACGACGAGUGGAAUAGUUAUUGGUCAUACUGCAAGAAAUCAAAGCGAUGUUAUCGAAUUCCUAGGUAUUCGGUAUGCUCAGGCAAUUAACGGCUCAUUAAGAUUCCAACCUCCGGUGCCAUUCGUUUCUGCAGAUACUUAUGAAGCUUCGCGAUAUUCACCAGCAUGUCCCUUCAAUCCCGCUCCACCACUUCCCACAUUCCCCAACAAGUCAUCCACAUUCGACCGCAUAUAUGCCACAGCUACAGGCGGUACAGGUCUCAACUUCAGUGAAGAUUGUCUAGCGCUCAAUAUCUGGAUGGCAUCUAUAUCCCCACAGCAGCUAAAACCAGUCUUAUUCUUCAUCCACGGUGGUAGAUUCGUCUCCGGAAGCACUAAUAAUACUUUAUACGAAGGACAAUAUCUCGCGGCAACUGGUGAUGUCGUUGUCGUUACAAUUGACUACCGAUUUCUCGUAUUUGGAUUCCCGGGCUCACCGUUGCUACCUAGUACUAAUUUGGCACUCUUGGAUCAGAGACUCGCGCUCGAAUGGGUUAGGGAUAACAUUGCUUCAUUUGGAGGCGAUCCAUCGAGAAUCCUCGUGUACGGACAAUCGGUUGGCGGACUAUCUAUUCAUUAUCAUGCUUUUGCUUGGCCUGAUGAUCCAAUUGCUUCUUCAUUCAUGUCGAUAUCCGGAACUCUCAAUGAUGUGCCUAAUAGUCCCGAAUUAAGUAGUUCAUAUUGGGACCAGCUAGCUUUGCUAGUUGGUUGCGAUGGCGAUAUUGAGCAAGAAGUUAUAAGCUGUAUGCAGCAACUGCCAUUCCAGCCCAUCUUGGCCGCUAUUAAAAAGUUACCUCUUGCACCUACUGAGUUUCUGACACGUUCACAAUUUGUACCGACGGUGGAUGAGAAGAUUGUGUUUUCAGAUUAUGCUUCUCGGGCCCAUGCCGGGAACUUUGCAAAAUUACCAUACCUGGUGGGCAACGCCAACCAUGAAUCAGGCUACUACGCUCUGUCUGCAUUUGCUCAAAAUAUCACUCUCACUCCUACCCAAUGGGACCUCUUCAACCUCAAGACUUUCACGUGCGCAGCAUCUCAAUCGGCCAUCAUAGGUCUUGAAUAUCAUAUUCCCGUUUAUCGAUAUCGAUAUCUUGGAGAUUUCAAUAAUACAAGACUCUAUCCUACCAGUGGAGCUUAUCAUCUAAGCGAUUUAAAUAUGUGGCAUGGGGUUGGGCAGGAUGUAAGUGGGGUAGCAAAUACGAAGGAGGAGGAUAGACUGAGUAGGAAGAUGAUGGAGAGUUUAAUCGCGUUUGCAAGGGAGCCGGGUGGGGGGUUGGAGAAAGAGGAUUGGAUCAGGUAUGGAGGUGAUGAGACUGGUGAGUUUACCUACCUUUCGUUACAGAUUACAAUUAUUGGUCGAAGAAGACACUUGGUCUACUAUUUAUGA